AUACAAGAGGCUCUUAGAAUAUCGAGUGACGAACGGCAGUAAAAUACAAUGGGCGAUAUUUGGUUUCGAAGGAUUUUUGUUAGUAAUGGAUGCGAAAUUCAGCGAAGUGAUUCUUUCGAGUACAAAAAUAUUGAAUAAAGCUCAUUCUUACACCUAUUUACACCAUUGGCUCGGAACUGGUCUGUUAACAAGCACUGGAAGUAAAUGGAAAAAACAUAGGAAGAUUCUCACACCCGCGUUUCAUUUUAAAAUCUUAGAGGAUUUCAUACCAUCUUUUAAUACUGCCAGCGAUGUUUUAGUGGACGCUUUGAUAAAAGAAGUCGGAGAACAAUCCACCAACAUUUUUCCUUACAUCACUUUGUGCAUGUUGGAUUCGAUUUGUGAGUCGGCAAUGGGUACAGCGGUAAACGCUCAAACAGAUACGGAUUCGUUUUACGUUCAUUCGGUGAAACACAUGUUGAGAAUAAUCGUUGAAAGAACCCUUAGUCCAAUGGGUCAAUUUAAUUGUACUUAUCAACUUACGAAUAAUUAUAGAGUUGAACGCAAAGCUGUAAAUAUUUUACAUAAUUAUACGUAUUCAGUUAUUAAAAGAAAAAAAGAAGAAUUAAAGAAAUUAAAUCAAAAUGGGAAUACACAAAAUUAUGACGUGGAUGAAAUCGGGAUGAAACGUAGAAAAGCUUUUCUCGAUUUACUUUUGGAAUAUUCAAUGGUAGAAGGAAAUACAUUAUCUGAUGAAGACAUUAGAGAAGAAGUUGAUACUUUUAUGUUUGAGGGUCAUGAUACAACUGCAGCUGCAGUUUCAUUCUGCUUAUAUUUAUUAUCCAAGAAUCGGGAUUGUCAGGAUAAAGCUUUCGCAGAGAUUAAGGAAAUUUUCGCAGAUGACAAAGAUAGGAAACCUUCUCAAAAGGACCUUCAGGAUAUGAAAUACUUAGACUUAGUCCUGAAAGAAUCCCUACGACUGUUUCCUUCCGUACCAAUGUAUGCUCGCGAGCUUACAGAAGAUUUAAAAUAUGAUGAUUUAACAGUACCAAAAGGAACCACAGUGUUACUUUUAGCUUACGUUAUGCAUUUAGAUCCAGAUUAUUUUCCGAAUCCAAAACAAUUUAACCCCGACCGUUUUUUAAAUAACACCGAAAUAAAUACGUUUUCUUAUAUUCCAUUCAGUGCGGGACCUAGAAAUUGUAUUGGACAAAAAUUUGCUAUGCUGUCGAUGAAGUCGACGAUAUCAAAAGUCUUAAAACAUUACGAUUUAUAUCCUGUCGAUCACGAAUUGGAAUUAUCAUCGGAAUCCGUUCUUACUUCACGAAAUGGCGUUAAAGUGCAGAUAAGGAAAAGAAUAUGGUAACUCGUAAAUGUAAUCAUAUAAAUAUUGUAGUCAUGGAUGGUAAGUAAUGUAAUAAUGUAAUCAGUGGCGCCGACUUUUUAAUAUUUAAGGGGGGGCUGAACUUUUUCAAGUGGUACACCUUUUUGAUGAUCAUAUUUAUUAAUUUUUUUAAGUUCACACGUAUACCUAGCGAGGUAUAUCCCUGUACCUCCCCUGUCUAACUAAAAUAAUAAGAGAUAAAUAAAUCAAAAAACAAAUAUUUUAUUCUCUAAAACUCAAAUAAACAAUAGAUAGAACAGCAAAAAACAACA